AUGAACAGGUUCAGGGAAAGCUUUCGAUUCGGUGGGCAGAAGGCAUCCACCAGCGAGGCGUCCAAGCCCGCAGGCGCGGAGCUCAGCAGCUCCGACCUGGACCCUGCGGAAGGGCUCACGGAGCCGAGCCCCAGCGCAGACCUCUCCGCCUGCCCCUUCUUCGGCCACAGGGAGUACGACCCUGUGCGGGAGCUGUUCGGCCCCGCCCUGGGCCAGGUCUUCCUGGCCCGCCGCGUCAGCACGGGUCGCCUGGUGGUGCUGAAGCUGGUGGAGCGCGGCCCCACCGUUUCCCAGUUUGUGCGCAGCGAGCUGGUCUUCCACGCGCGCUGCGCGGGCCAGCCCCACAUCCUGCAGCUGCUGGACGUCUUCCUCACUGACACCCACCUGGCCAUCGUGCUGGAGCACGCGGGGGCGGGGGACCUGGCAAGCCUUGUGGCCGCGCGCGGCGCGCUGGCCGAGCCCCUGGCCCGCGCGCUGUUCCAGCAGGCCGCCUCGGCGCUGGCCUUCCUGCACUCGCUGGGCGCGCACAACCGCGAGGCGCGGCUCGAGUCUAAGCUGCUCGUCCCCGGCGCGGCGCCGGGGGAUCCGCCCGUCGUCAAGGUCCAGGACUUUGCCUACAGCAAGACGGAGCAGAUCAACAGCGACCCCAACUCCGCGCUGGGGUCCCUGCCCUACACCGCGCCGGAGGUGCUGGGCAACAGCCUGCGCGGCGGGGGGGCGGUGGACGUGUGGGCCGCGGGUGUCGCGCUCUUCAAGCUCACGGUGGGCAGGUUCCCCUUCGAGCGCGCGGAGGACCUGGCGGGGCAGCGGGACGUGGUGCAGAAGAUCUUGGGCCGGAUCGCGCGGGCAGAGUACGAUGUGCCGGACACGCUCUCCCCGGAGCUCCGGGACCUGCUCAGCAAGAUGCUCCAACGCAUCCCCGAGCAGCGGCUGAGCCUGCAGGAGGUCACGGCGCACCCCUGGUUUGUCAAGGACUGCCCGCCCUACCUCCUGGCGCCGGGCGUGCCCCAGAAGCCGCUGUGGAGCGAGACGGAGUUGCUGGCGCUGAUAGACGAGGCCUCCAAGCGCACUGCGACGGGCCUGGACAUCAACGACCUGGCCGACGAGAUCCUGAACGAGGAGGAGAUGGAUGACCUCCUGGACGAGCUGGAUCUUGAGGGCGGCGACGGCCUGGACCAGGCCGCACGGUAG